AUGGAUUCUCGGCUAUGGCAAGCGCCACAGCUGCGCCUCCAUCUGGAGCGCCUGGAGCACAGCCUGGAGCUUCUCAAAGCCGUGUCUCUGGAGCUGGAAGUAAUCGCUGCAAGGCGAGCCGAGGAUGAGCGCGUUCCCGGGCAAGGAGAGGCUCGUGCCCUCCUCUUUAGUGACGAUCCGAGGAAGCAGUGCAUCGAUGGGAUUCUUUGUGACGCGGUCCGAAAGAACGGCAAUGAGAUCGACGAGGCCGAGAAUUUGGCGGCGAACGCAGCUCGGCAUUUGCGGCGGGAGAUCGAGGGGCUUCUUCUUCCGCUGCAAGGCGUGGUGGAUGGAACUGCGGCGUGGGAGCAACUCACUGCCGUGGCGAAAUUUCGGGAAAGGAGGAUGAAAUUGAAGAGUAACAGGAAGCGUCGCAAGAUCAAGAGGCAGCACGAGGCCGAGAAGAGGAGAAUGGCGGACAAACUUUUCGAGGAAGCCGAUCGUCAAGCGGAGGAAUGGAGAACUCGUGAGAUUGCGAGAGACAUUGCUAAGAAGAAGAUGGAAGAGAUGAACAAUGUUGCUCAAAAGAAAGCGAAGGAGGCGCGGUUGCGAUUGGAGAAAGAGAUGGAAAUGGUGCUACUUGUUGAAAAACUCCAGGAGUUGCGUUCACUUCGCGUCCAGAAACUUAAGAAGCAAGGGCAUCUGUUCCCAGAAGAUGAUGAUGCAUUCAUGGAGAGCGUCCGUGCCGCAGUUGAAGCAGAAGAGCGACAGGCUGCCGGAGCUACUGCUGAAGCCUUGCCUGCAAAUGCCGAAGCAAGGAAUCCCUCCACGGACGAUGAAAAUACCAUCAAGGAAGCACCUCCGCAGCCCAGUAACACGAAAACAAGCGAGGAACCGGAUCAACGAUUGCCGGCCGACCUCUACCGCUACUACUAUGGUAGCAGAAUCGACAUGGGGACGCUGAUAGAGGUCCGAAGGGGCUGGGACACAUAUAUUGUACCUGUUGGGAGUCGAAUUCCUGGUCACUGGGUUCAGCCUGUAGCUCCUUCAAGCGAGGCUUGGGCAUCUUGCUUGAUAAACAGAGACAACUUGCUCUAAAGCUGGAUUCUCCACCAUCCCAGA